ACUUGACAAUUUUUUUUUAUUUAUUUAUUAUAUUUGUCUACAUAUAGAAACAACGCAUACCAAAUAUCAACCCUCAAAUCGCAAUAUUUAAUUUACAAUGCACAUUUAAAGUUGUGAUCACCAGCUAUCCAUUUUAAAUAACAGGAAGAGCGCUGUGACGUCACGGCGCUCGUUCCAGGACAAGAGAACAACGAACUGGCAACACUGUUGCCACAAACUGUCAACUGUAAAAACUGUGUUUUGAAGGUUAGAUUUUGUUCGGAGUUCGGUGAUAAUUUAUUUUUGCUUUUUAUUAUCUGUGCUUUAAUAAUAUUAUUAAUAAUAAUGGAAGCAACACAAAAUCAAUAUUACAAAUAUUGUAUCGUUCACUUGUGUUCCAAUACCACUUAUAAAACACCCGGAAAGUUAUUUAUUCGUGUGCCUAAAGAUCAAAAACGUCGUUUAAAAUGGUUAAAGGCAUGCAGAAAAAAUGAGAAAGAUAUUUCACAGAAAACUACAGCCCAUGUAUGUGAGGAUCAUUUUAAUCUUGAAGAAGACAUUGAUAACUAUGUUAAAUACAAGUUAAUGGGUGGUCCAAAAAAAAUGAAACCAAAUGUAGUGCCUCAUAUAUUUGAUUGCCAGCAAAGUAGAAAAAGAUCUUUUGAAAAUCAUCCCAGGGCAGCAGGUACUAAGAGAACUGCAAAAAGAAUUGUUGAUGAAGCUAUUUCUUUGGUGCCACAAGAUCCAGUUUGUAUUCAGGAGAAUUUGGGCAUAGUUGCAUGUAGUAGUAAGACCAUUCACCCUAUGGAAAUUCAGCUGGAAACAAAAAAUGACAUUGAAGUUUCAAAAAGGGAUGUCUCUUCACAAACCCGUCCUAGUGUUAGGACUAAAGGUGUUCAAUGUAACCUACAUUGUGGAAUUACAGUAGCGUUAUCGCCAAUCAGAAUUAUUCCAGACAACAUAGAGAUGAAGCCAUCAACGAGUUAUGUGACAAAUAUUUCUGAAACUACUCUAAGCAUACAAAGUAGUGGUCAUGAAAAUUUUAGUGAAAGUGUUAGUGGAAGUAGUGAGUAUACUUUAACGCCUGGUGAAGUGAAAAAACUUAAUGAUGAAAAGAGAACUGAAUUUAAAAAUCUGACAAUGAAUUGUACAAUUACAAAGUUACAAAACAGACCUAGAUUGUAUAUGGGAUUACCAGAACAUGCAUACUACACAUUUCAAUUGCUAGAAAAAUAUUGCACGGUAAAUUCUAUGUAUAUAUUUUUAACACUAAAAAAAAUCAGGACUGGACUUUCUUUUUUAACUCUAGCAGAUGAUUUUGGCAUAACUGAAAGUUAUGCUUCAAAAAUAUUUUCGAAAUCUGUUCCAAUUAUAAGUAAAUAUUUAAGAAAAUGUAUAAUACAACCUCAGGUUUCAUUCGUGAAAUCAAAUUUACCUAUAGCUUUUCGAGCUCGAUAUUGUAAUAUUUACUGUAUAAUUGAUUGUUUAGAAAUAGAGAUAGAGAAACCAACUGAUGCAGUGAAACAAUCUUUAACAUGGUCAGAAUAUAAAAAAUGUAAUACACUUAAAUAUUUAAUAUGUUGCACUCCUGAUGGUAUCAUAAAUUAUAUAUCGACAGCAUUUGGGGGUCGUACAUCUGAUGCUAUCAUUGCAGAACAUAGUGGUUUUUUAAAUAGUUUACCUUCAAAUGUUGCUGUUAUGGCAGAUAGAGGAUUUAAACAUAUUGACCAUUUACUUAGGUCUAAAGGUUGUGUACUAAUCAGGCCACCGAGUGUCUCUGUAGGUACAAAACCUAGUAAAGAUGAGGUAUUUGAGACCAAACGAAUAGCUAGCUUGAGAAUUCAUGUAGAAAGAGUUAUUCGUAGAUUGAGAGAAUUUUCAUUUUUAGCACCACAUGCAUGUAUUGAUAAUAAAUUGUUGUGUUAUUCAGAUAAUAUUAUCAAAAUAGUGUGUGGAUUAAUCAACUUGCAAUCAGGAAUAAUUUCAGGACGGUAACUUUUUGUAGGUUUUACUUUUAUACUUUGUAGGUAGUUAUUUAGUUUUAGAAAAAAAUUUUAGAAUAUUUUUAAGAAAAUGGUUGGUAAAAACCUGAUAUUUCAUAUUAUUACUAUUUCACUAUUUGCAAUAUAUUAUUAUUAUCUGAUCUUAUACAAUUCUAAUGCGACAAGCCAUGCAGUUUCCCAGGACAGUACCUAACUUUUUAUAACGGGAUAAUUUUAUUAUACAGGGUGUAACAAAAAUACAGGUCAUAAAUUUAAUCACAUAUUCUGGGACCAAAAAUAGUUCUAUUGAACCUAACUUACCUUAGUACAAAUGUGCACGGAAAAAAGUUACAGACCUUUGAAGUUACAAAAAUCGAAUUUUUCCAAUAUAUAGAAAACUAUUAGAGAUUUUUUAUUGAAAAUGUACAUGUGGUAUUAAGUAUUAUGGCAGUAGUAUUUUAAGAAAAAAUUAUAAUGAAAUUUUAACACUCCAUAAAAUUUUUAUGGGAGUUUGGUUACUUUAAACCCCCCCCCCCCCCACUUUUGUGUACGUGUAUUUAAAUAUUAUUGUAGUGCCAUUAGUUAAACACAAGUUUUUAAAAACUUUUUUUUUUGAUUCUUAGUAUUUUUUCCAAAAGUCAGUUUUUAUCGAGAUAGUUCAAUAUUUGUCAAAUCCACCACAUAUUUGUAUGGUAAAGUACGAUUAUGGAGACUUGGUAAUAAUAUGAAAAUUUAUUUAUGAUUUACAUUUUUUGUAUAUUUUGAACCAUAUUAAAAAAGAAGCCACAUCUCGAUAAAAGAUGCUUUAUCAAAAAAAUACAAAGAGGCAAAAAAGUUUUAAAAACACUGUGUUUAAUUAAUGAUACCGCAGUAAUAGUUUAAUUGGAACGUACACAAACAUUUGGGGGGUUUAAAGGAACAAAACCCUCAUAAAAUUUUUAUGUAAACAUAUUAAAAAAGAAGCCGCAACUCGACAAAAACUGCCUUAUCGAAAAAAUACUAAGAGGUAAAAAAGUUUUAAAAACAUUGAAUUUAACUAAUGGGAUCACAAUAAUAAUAAUAUAUUUGGAACGUACACAAAAGUUUGGGGGGGUUUAAGGGAACAAAACCCCCAUAAAAUUUUUAGGGGUGCACAAAUUUCACUAUAAUUUUUCUUUAAGAUGUUCUUUCCAUAAUAAUGCCACGUGUCCAUUUUCAACAAAAAAUCUCUAAUAGUUUUCGAAAUAUUGGAAAAAAUUUAUUUUCAUUUUGUAACUUUAUAGGGCUAUAACUUUUUUUAUGUGCAUAUUUGUACUAAGGUAAGGUAGGUUCAAUCAACAUAUUUUUGACCCCAGAAUCUAUGGUAUAAUUUAUGACCAUUCUUUUCGGGACACCCUGUAUAAUUAUUCGACAAAUUUAAUUUUGAACUCUACUGACUGCUUGUUACUCCUAAAAUUUUGAAAAAAAAAAUAAGUGAAGUAACUGUAGAUGGCACUUGAUUGAAUCUCCCAUCAUAUGGCGAUAGGUAAAAUCGCUAGUGCUGAGUAAAAUAUAAGCAAUAAAUGUAGUAAACGACAGUAACUUUUUGUAUUUUUUAUUUUUAUACGUUGUAGGUAGAUAGUUGAAUGUGUGCACCGAACAAAGUUGUAAGCGCCACAUCACUCGUUUUUAUGAAAUCGAAAAAGACAUUUUAAAAUUAUAACAAUAACAAGUUUAAACAUUUUAAGAGUUAGUAAUAUACUUAGUUUGUAAAUACAAAGUACAACCUGUAUUACUCACCCUUAAAAUGUAUAAACUCACCAUUAUCACAUUGUUAAAGCUUUUUCUUAGACUUCUCAAAAAUAAGCAAUGUGGCGCUUACAACAUUAUUCAGCAGAACCAUUCAGUUGUUUAGUUUUAGAAAAAUAUGUUUUUUUUUUAAGGAAAUGGUUGGUACGAACCUGGUAUUUCAUCUUAUUACUAUUUCACUAUUUGCAAUAUAUAUUUGUUGAAUAAAAUAUAAGCAAUAAAUGUAUGCAAGUAACA